UCAUCCUGUGGUUAGUUGUGUGUUAAAACCUUCAGAAGGUAACUGUGAUUGUGGUUCAAAGAAAAUGAAUGUUUUAAGUUGACAGAAACGGAGCUAAUUUCUCAUUUGCAAAGGAAGGGAGAAUUUAAUUCGCUACUGCUGACAGUCAGAUUCUAUGAACAGGACAACGAAGUGAUUCCAACGAAUGGAAAAGAAAACUAAGGAAAGAAGAAAAAACACCAUGCCAGAACGAAAGGUAAAUGAUAAUGGCAGCCUCAAGUACAAUACUCGACCAGUGGCGUAUGUCUCCAUCCCUGUAGUUGAUACCAAAAGUUCCAGAAAAGUGUCAGAUGAAGUAUCACUCCGCGAUGCAGUUGUCAGAAAGGACUUCCACCUGUGCGUCAAACUGCUGGAGGAGGGAGCCGACGUCAACGCCACGGAUGAAGACGAGGCGACCCUCUUGCACAUCUUAGCUCGAAAAUAUUCCAAGGUGGAAACCCGAGCCAAGAAAAUCCCGGCGCUUCUGCUGCAGCACGGGGCGAACAUCAACGCCAAGGACAAGAAUGGAGACACGCCGCUUCACGUCGUCGCGAGAGAAGGCUCGGAGGACUUCUGUCGAGUCAUCCUGGAUCACAUCUCUCGGAACCCAGGGGUCAAAGUGGACACGAAGAAUAAGAAGCUGAUGACCCCUCUGCAUCUGGCGUCCCAACAGGGCCACGACAGAAUAGUGCAGCUACUUCUCGACGUGGGAUCCGACCCUCUGUCCUCGGAUGGCCAAAAAUACCUCCCCAUCCACCAUGCCGCAGAGAAGGGCUAUGCCACGUGCUGUAAAUUGCUCUUCCCUUCGUACCCAGGCGAUGCCAAAAUGGAAUCCAAGGUAAUGACGCCUUUGAUGUUGGCCGCCAGAGGUGGGUUUUACAGGUGCCUCGAAGUGAUGGCAGGUGAAAAAAUCGCCUUGAAUAAGCAGGACCAGCAGGGCAACACCGCACUACACAUAGCUGCAAAGGCAGGAUUUGAUAAAUUCGUGAAACAGAUCAUUGCCUUGGAAAGCGACAUCAACAUCAAGAACAAGGCAGGGAACACACCGCUUAUGGAAGCCGCAACGAAAAAUCGUGCAAGUUGCCUGUUGAUGUUGUUGCACAAAGGAGCCAAGGUGGAUGAAGUCAACAAGGUGAAGAGAAGUAUUUUGCAUAUUGCCUCUGAUAAGAGGUCUGGCGAAUGCAUGGAAUAUAUCCUGAAAAAUGGUGACACGAAGAAGGUGAUUAACCUCCAGGAUAACGAUGGUUGCACCGCACUCCAUAUAGCAAUCAAGAGAGACUAUGAGAAAUGUGCCCUUUUGCUCCUCGACGCUGGAGCCUCGCCCGAAGUGGCAUGCAAGCAAAGGUUCACCCCUCUCCAUCUGGCCACUCAAGGCACUAAGACGAAUGUGCUAGAAAGCCUUCUUAAAAUCAAAGGCUUGGAUCUGGACCCCGAAAACUUAAACAAAGAGACACCCUUCCACCUGGCUGCCAAGAGCGGCUUAAGAGACACGUGCCUUCUGCUUCUGAGGAAAGGCGCUCGGCUGAACGCCGUGAACAAACACGGCCAAACGGCUCUCCAUCUUAGUGCUUACCAUGGACAUCACUCUGUCGUAAAAUUAUUGAUCAAAAGAGGAAUCGACAAACGGGCGACAGAUGAUAAGGGCUCAGUGGCGCUCCAUGCAGCUGCGCUUAAGGGUAAUCUCGAAUGCUGCAAAGUGCUCGUGGAGGCCGACAGGGUUAGCGGCAAGGAAAAAAACAAAGGGGACAGGUAUCCCCUCGAUUAUGCCUUUAUUAACGGCCACCAAAAAGUAUACCAGUUCCUCUUGCAGAGUCUGCCGUUCAAGAGCAUCGCCACCCUACCUCAGGAAAUGCAUGAGAGACUUCACUCGCACACUCACAAGGCGCUAAAAGAAAGUAACAAAUCAGCUGUUGAAACAAUUGUGGAGAGCAUAUGGUGGGAAGCCGGUUUCGGUUCUGGCAAAAAGCACGAUGGGGAGCCUUGUAAGAACUUUAGAGACCUUGUCAAACUUUACCCUUCAUUAGCUGAGAAAGUGAUGGACAAGUGCACCACCACUUGCCCGACAACGAGAGUCAAGUCCUACGAUUUCAGGAUAUUUGAGGACAACUACUAUCUCGGGCAAGAGAGGAGGAAUGACUCGGAUUUAUCCCAAAGCCCAUUCUACCAAGACACGUGGAGGGUCAUUUCCUUUGCGGAGGAAAUAGUCACCGACAACCUCCUCUGGAAGAAGGAACACCCCGUAAACCUCAUGGUCGUUCACCGCUGCCCCCAGCUCCUGCAGCACCCACUGACCAACGCCUGGCUCAGUCAUAAGUGGAGAGCCUAUCAUUCGGUUCAUCUACAUCGGGACGCUCUUUCUGCAGCUGAUUUUCCUGACGGCUCUGGUAGCCUUCAUGGUCGUGGUGCAGAACUGGCAACAGGUAACCAAUACAUACAAUAUGACAGAAGAUGAGUUCUGCAGAGCUAUCCAAGGGCCUUACGAGCUCACGCCGGCCGUGAACUCUACUUCCUUCGUUCAAGAAACCAAUGCAACGUCUUCUCGACCUCCCGACGUGGCAGAAGAGGAGCCAGUUCUCAGCUGGGAUUCCUGGCGGUCCCACAUCUGCCAUGCGGCGCUCGGUUUUUGCCUGUUCUUGCAGAU